AUGGGCGCCGCUGUACAAGCUUUGCCUGGGCUUUUCUCGUCUCUCCUUCCGCCUGCACAUCUUCUAGCUUACUCCACACUGCUUGGAACCGAGCUGUAUCAGAGUUUCGUAAUGACCAAGGUCGCCUACCAAGCUCUCCCCAGAUCAGCUUUUACGACUUUGCAGAAGCGUGUUUUCCCAAUAUACUUCCAAAGCCAGUCAAUCCUUCUGCUCAUCGUUGCGGCAACAUUUCCACCUCAUGGGCCGAUCUCGAUAUUCCAAAAGAGAGGAGAUUGGAUAGCUCUCGCCAUUGCUGGGGUCACUGCAGGGUUCAAUUUGAUCGUAUUUGGCCCCAGGACACAAGCUUUGAUGAUUGAGAGGGUCCACCAAUUACAGCUCAAGGGAACCAUGAGCGACGAUAUGAAGAUUCUUAAUCGAGCUUUCUCUAGGGCUCAUGCAAUGAGCAUACAUUUGAAUCUCAUCACGAUUGGAGCGACGAUAUGGUGCGGGCUGCGUUUGGCGUCAAAUCUACAGUUCGAAACUGGUUGA